AUGAACUCUUCCAGCAGCAGGAGCCACGUGGUGUUCAUGCUGUACAUCGCGGGGGCCCACGCGGCCAGCAGCACGCGGCUGAGCGGCUGCCUGUGCCUCGUGGACCUGGCGGGCAGCGAGCGGCUGGACCGCUCCCUUGCUGAGGACCAGCGCAAGAAGGAGGCCUGCAGCAUCAACCAGUCCCUCAGCGCCCUGGGGGACGUCUUCGCGGCCCUCUCCUCAAAGAGCGCCCAUUGCCCCUACCGCAACUCGAAGCUGACCUACCUGCUGCAGCCCUGCCUCGGCGGCAACGGCAAGACGCUCAUGUUUGUGAACAUCAACCCCGAGCCUGCCUCCGCCAACGAGAGCCUCUGCUCCCUCAAGUUCGCGGCCAAGGUCAACGGCUGCGAGACCGCGGCGCGCGGUGGCGCGCGCCGCAACGUCGCCGCCGCGGGCGGCGGGGGCGGCGGCGCCAACGGCGGGUUUGGCAGCACGUUUGCGCCGAUGGACUCGAGUUUCGACACUGGCCGGCCAAGCCUAGCGGGAGCGAAGCGCACCGGCGGCAGCGCUGCGCUGCUGGGGUCUGUGGACAGGGGCCCGAAGCGCGGCCGCCUCGGCUGA